GCCAUUAUUAUUGCCUUCACUUACACCUUUCAACAGUUGGCUUGAGAGAUAAUUGACUGGUGAAAUUAUUCGUCAUUCGAGAAGUUUAAGCAGUUCGGCUCUCAGUAGCCUCGGCUUGCUGAUCAGUAGGGGCUCAAACAUAAGUAGACGGUACAAACUCACGGAUCCGUGCUUCUAAUAAUUAUACCGAGAAAAUAUUUAGUGUGACUAAGACAUUCUUCAGCGAUGAAUCGUGACGAAAAGUACAAUGGUUGAGUGAUUGGCAGGUCCUUGGGUACGCGCUCUAAUUGGUCGAUUUGUAAUGCAUAGGGAAUCCACGGACCGUGAAUUCUACUUUACCGCUUCUUCGGCAUAACGAGUGUUUUUGGUUCGUAACGACGGUGAACAGUCCCUUGCCUUGGCCACUUUAGAUUCAAUGUAGCGGAGCCGAUUACCGGUUUGCCGUUUCAAUUUUUCUGGUUAUUUUCGUUCACCGCAACUCGUUGAUAUGGGACUGGACGGUUCUGCUAGCUUAGGGUUUCUGGUACUCUUUACUUUGCUGUCUAGUCUAACCAUUACGGGACAUGCACAGACGAUCGAGAGCGCUAGCGUGCCCGAAAAUGAACCUGAGGGCUUUCGUGUGUUCUCGUUCCCUUCACCUCCUUCAAAUGAGAUCUAUUCGUUCUUCAGGGCGCUCGACACUGCCUCGCAGAGCGCGCUGAGAUUAUUCGAUAUCUCCGAAGAUGGAGUCGUAGUGACUAAGAAUCCGUUGGUUUAUACGGACGGCGAGGAGAACCUAUACGUUCUCACGGUACUCAGGCGACAGCGCGGCAUGACCGAAGGAGGGAUUGCCUGGACAUUACGCAUUACUGUCACCGAUACGAACAAUUUCCAGCCGACUUUUGGAGCCGAUCUCUACUUGGGUUACAUUGCCGAGGAGGCUGCACAAGGAACAACUGUCGGUGGGUUGGAAAAAUGCCACGCAGAGGACAAGGAUAGGAGUGGUAUUGAUAGAUAUGAGAUCGUUAGUGGCAACGAGAGAGGGUAUUUUGUGGCGGAGACUAAAACUGUGGGCGCGCAGAAGUUCCUGGUGUUGAAGGCUACGAAUACUAGGAUUGUUCGUGAUCCUGCAAGGCCAAGCAUAACACUAACAGUGCGGGCCAAUGACGGUGGGGGACUCCACGGUACUACUAGAAUACAAAUUGAUAUCCAGGACACGAAUAACAACCCUCCAGUGUUUGAGAAGUCCGAGUAUACAGUGACGGUUGGAGAAGAUACACCGGUUAUGACUUCCAUUCUGAGAGUCCGCGCGAGGGACGCUGAUAUCGGUCGGAAUGGGGGUAUUUAUUAUUACCUGAGGAACACGCAAGACUUUACUAUUGACGCUAUCACUGGUGUGAUCCGUCCCAUCCGCAUGUUGGACUUCCAGAGUGGCCAGCAGCGUACGCUUGAGGUGACUGCCCGGGACAGAGGAUCGAGUCCCAAGGCUGCGAAUGUAAACGUCCAAGUGACGAUUCGCUCCGACAUCUCGGGCUACCCCCCUGUCGUAGUGCCGUCCUCUUCCUCUGAUAGAAACCGCCCUCCCGUAUUCCCCGAAGGUUCGUCCUUUACUCUCAGUAUUCGCGAAGAUUUUCCAGUAAACGGAGCCAUACAAGUUGUGAAAGCCAACGACCCAGAUGCUGGCAGUACUAACGGGCAAUUACGCUACUCUCUUAGCGGGAACAACAACUUUGCUAUCGAUAGCACCAGCGGGGUGGUGACGCUACAAACCCAGCUAGAGUACAAGGGGAACCCAGCUCAGGAUGUUAUCGACUUGGUUGUGACUGCUACGGACCGCAAUGGGCAAAGUGGAGCCCUCAGUGCGAGUGUUAACCUUAAGAUAGAGGUCCUAGAUGUGGACGACAAUAAUAACGCGCCCGUAUUUAACCCUCAGCAGCUCGAGCUUACGGUGUCUGAGGACUCAGCCGUCGGGAGGACAAUCAGACGAGUGAGUGCUACUGACUCUGACGACGGGUCCGAUGGGCAGGUUGUUUACUCCAUCAUUCAAGGCUCAGGGCUUGGAGUGUUUCAAGUUCAAGCUACAACGGGGGAUUUGAUAGUAGCUGCGCCUUUAGAUCGUGAGAAAAUGUCCUUUUAUGAUCUUGUUAUCAAGGCCGAGGACAAGGCAACCUUUCCGAAGUCAUCAAAUUUAUACGUGAUGGUUAAAAUUCAAGAUGUUGAUGAUCAUUUUCCGCAGUUUACUCAACCUAUGUAUUACGCUAAAGCCCCGGAGAAAUCUCCCGAGAAUACUUUUGUGACUGUAGUAAAAGUAGUGGAUCAUGAUCUGGGGGAAUCUGUGUCUUAUUCUAUCACAGGCGCAAGUAGUUUCAAGAUAGUGCCCACGAGUGGGCUUAUUCUCACGACUGGACCAAUAGACCUUACAACAGAACCCUCAACAUACGAACUCGUUGUAACGGCAACGAGUACAAACUAUGGCACCACUAAGAGAGCUACCGGGCAAGUUAACGUGGAGAUUACAAGCAAAACCGAGUCUCCGCCGGUGUUUAAAAACACCCCAUAUGCCGUCUCUGUGCCGGAGAACCAGGGGAGCAUUGCUAACUUAGUGUGCGUAGCUGCGAUAGACACGAAAGGCCAGCCUGUGAUUUACAGCAUCGAAUCGAGAGGGGAGCCGUUCGGGAUCGACUCUAAAUCCGGGCGUUUUUCUUCCCUCCAGUCCUUCGACUAUGAAACCGCUGACAAGUACCGCAUACAAAUCUCUGCACAGAGCGGUACCGCCCCAAACAUCAUGACGUCAUCAUCUGAUGUCGCCAUCACGAUCAAGGACGAGAAAGACCCCCCGCAGUUCAGCCAAUCAGAGUACAAGGUCUCGGUUCCUGAGGACGCUAGCGUGCGUUCGACCCUGUCACGUGGUAUUCGUUUCGUGGACGAGGACACUCUAAGUACCCAGUUGGAGUGCUCGAUGGAGGAAAUGACGUCACGAAUCCCCUUGGAUUACCUGUCGGUGGUGCAAGAUGGCGGCGAGUGCAAGUUUGUCAUCGAAAAGACUUUGGAUACCUUCGUCGCGUCCAAGUUCACGUUUGAUAUGAAGGUAACGGAUAAAAACUUUCCUGGGAUGUUUGCAACCACCAAAGUCGAGGUUACCGUAACCGAUACCAACACGUACACGCCCGUGUUCUCCCGCACGUCUUUCUGGGCGUCUAAACCGGACACUCUACCCACCGACACCAGCGUCAUGCAGCUGUCAAUCAUUGACAAGGACAUGGGCUCCCUUGGAGAGGUGACUUAUCAGCUGAUCGACCCAACAGUAUCAGCAGGCGAGACCUCAGGGUAUGAUCGUUUCCGCGUCGACGACUCGGGGAUGAUAGAAAGCACGAAUAUCCUUACCGCUAACACUUUAUACAAGCUGCAGGCCAAAGCGAAGGACGGAGGUUCCCCAGCGCUUGAGGCGACCGUAGACGUGUUUAUCUCGGUCUACCCCAGCAGUGACACGCCCGUCCGGUUUAGCCAGAAUCCCUACUCCGCUUCCAUUGCCGAGAACUCCCCAUUGAAUACUGAGGUCUUCCGGGCAACUGCCACCAAAUCUGGCUCUUCGUCUGGCAUCGCAUACAGCCUAGUAGGAGGGCAAAUCGAGAAUGGUAACACUAUGUUCAGUAUAGACUCUAGCGGGCGAGUGCUGCUACUCAGACAGUUAGAUCGUGAGAGGACCAAGUCUUACAAGCUGUAUGUUCGCGGCACAUAUACCGGGGGUUCGCUCACACUUGCCACGGAUGUGGAGUGCUUGGUGACUGUCACUGAUGUCAACGACAACACACCAUUGUUCACAUUUGAUCGCGUUAACAAGCAGUUUGUGGUGGACAACUAUGCACCUGCCAACACGAUCAUCGCAACACUACGAGCAGUGGACUCAGAUGAAGGAGCCAACGCCCAGGUGACCAUGAGUAUCCAGGGCACAGUGCCGUCCAACGCUCCCUUCACCAUAGACACGCCUUCCAACGUACUCAAGACAACAACCAAGCUCUCAACUGUUAUCGACUAUCAAAUCACUGUGCGCGCUACAGAUAAAGGUUCCCCACCUCAGUACAGCGAAACCACAGUCAUCGUCAAAGUGCUAAACAUCCAGACUCCACCGGUUUUUGGACAGGCCAAAUACACUGUGGACGUGCAAGAGAACACGAAAGUCGGACAACAGGUUAUCAGUGUGAAGGCAACAUACGGGGACUCAAACGCCCUACUACAGUACUCGUUUGUUUCUGGUAACCUAGGCGACGCAUUCUGUAUUGACAGCUCUGGUCAGAUCACGGUUGCACAGCCACUCGACAGGGAGGUGUUGCCUAGUUACACGUUACGCGUUCGUGUGGCGCUCGGGAAUAACGAAGACUUCACAGAGGUUGUCGUGUCUUUAACGGACAUCAACGACGACUCUCCUACCUUCACGAAGUCGGUUUACGAGUUUUUCGCUAAUGAGGAUAUUAGUUCAGGCACGUCUAUCGGGAAAGUAGCGGCGACGGAUCGUGAUAGCGGCUCACACGGUCAGAUCUCCUACAGGUUCCUCUACGCCUCUGAUAUCCAGAGCAUGGACAAGUUUGACCUCGACCAGACAACAGGAAUCAUCUCUCUGGCCUCCGGGAAAAGUCUGGACUAUGAGGAUAUCAGUAUGCAUGUGCUCUUUGUUAGAGCGGAGGAUAACGGUGCUAAUAAGCUUAGUGCAAUCGCCGAGGUCCGCAUCUACCUAAGGGACAUCAAUGACAACGAUCCUAAGUUCUCGGCGGCUUCGUACCACGCUAAGCUCUCACUGGACGCUCCUGUCCUCGAGCACGUUGUGCAAGUCACAGCUACUGACCUGGACACAGCAAAUAACGGACGAAUUCGUUACUCGAUCGUGGCGGGAAAUCAAGAGGGCGCUUUCCAGGUCCUCACGGACAAUGGGCUCAUCCGAGUUGCCAAGUCUCUCACCACAGUCGCUGCUUCGUCGUUCCUUCUCACGCUAGAGGCCGCGGAUAGCGGGGACCCAGAACGAAAGGGCUCUGUCAACGUCCAAGUCAACGUCUUUCUUCCCGACGGCCCACCCAAGUUCGUGCUCGACCCUGUUAUAGUCAACGCUACAGAAGGUAUCGCCGCCAAUCAACGAGUCGCCGUGGCUAAGGCCGCAACUUCCGAGGCCCUGAAGUACGAGAUUCUCUCCGGUAAUACCAAUGACAUGUUCGCGAUCAACCCUUCUUCAGGAGUUAUAUUAACAACCCGUGAGCUGGAUUAUGAGGAAGCGACGGGUUACAUUAUGAAUAUCAUCGCGCGAGACACACGGGACCGCAGCGCGAGUGUACAAGUGAUUAUCAAUGUGGUGAACAUUAAUGACAAUGAGCCCAUGUUCCCUGGGGAGACAAAUGGGCAGAUUGAUAGGAAGGUCGCCGGCCCAUUCGCGCCUGGUGUCAUAGCAACAAGAUUGACAGCUGUGGAUAAGGACAUUGGCGAUAGAGUCUACUAUAAGAUUUCCAUAGAGGCGGAGAAUUACUUCACCAUCGACGAGCGGGGUCAGCUGAUUUGUAAAAACGACCUUAAAGGUAUAGCAUCGCCUUUUAGGUUUACCAUCGAGGCGCGGGAUGGCGGACUACCACAAAAAGUGCAUACAGCCAACGUUCUCCUCGUCUUCGUUAAUUAUCGACCCAAACAGCAGCCAGUAAGAGUAAUAGUCCCCGAGACCACCCGUGCGGGGACUGUUAUCACCCGGGUGCCUAGGUACUUCCCAACUGGCGAAUUUUCCAUCGUGUAUCCAGAGAAGACGAAUUUCACUAUUGAUAAUGACGGUAAUGUGACACUUAAUCGGCCUCUUGACUACGAGGAAAUUGCGUUUACGUUGAUCACUGUUCGUGAGAAACAGGCGUCAGGACCUCUGGAGAAUUAUAUCGACGUCGAGAUCACUGUCUUGGAUGAGAAUGACAACGCGCCGUUCUUCACCAUGAUUUCUACGCUUGGUCGAGUUAACAGUAACUCGCGCGCCGGUGCUACCGCGUUCCAGCUCCAAGCGCGUGAUCUGGACUCGGGUUCCAAUGGAUUGAUCGGGUUCCAACUCGAAAAUAUACCAACACUCUUCAUGAUUAACCCGUUGACUCGUCAAAUCGAGGUCGGACAACCCAGACUCCAGACUUCGCGUUACGGUCUGGAUAUCAUCCCAUUCGACUAUGGGAAACCAUCUGUCAACGGAACCAAAGCCACUGUGGAUAUAGAGACUGUUCAGUCUCCGCCGGUGUUCAAUGAAUCUAGCUACACGUUUACGGUCUCUGAGCGUGCGCCCACGAUGACCAAGAUUGGCGAUGUGACGGCAGUCAGCGUGUCUGGCGCGAGACUCAGUUAUACGAUCAUCGAAGGCAACACUGGGGAUAAAUUUCUGGCUAAAGAUAAUGGUGAUAUUGUACUUAACUCCUUGCUUGACUUUGAGCGAGACCAGUCUGUAUUUAACCUGAAGGUCGAGGCAAAGGAGCAGAUUCCUAAAGGACUAUCCUCAGAAGUUGACGUCACGAUUACAGUAAUAAACGCCAACGACUUCCAUCCAUACUUUGAUGAUCCUGUCUAUCGACUGAAAGUCCCUGAGUCACGUGGUGUUGGUGACGUCAUCAUGACUGUAACGGCACGCGACUGCGAUUGUCCUUCCGACUGUACGUGUCCGGUCGGACAGCUGAAAUACUCCGUAGAGGCAGGUACCAGUUUUGACAUUGAUCAGACUGGGGCUAUUGUGGUUGCGCGGACCUUGGACUACGAGACAAGUAAAGUUCAGGUUCUUAAAGUCAUGGCGUCUGACCAGGGCGAGAAAGUCUUUACGGCUGUUACUUUUGUCGUCGUAACGCUGGAAGACACAAAUGAUAACGCUCCCGUGUUUAAGAGAAAUGAUUAUUUAUUCCGUAUGACUGCGGAUGCCUCGACGGGAAGUAUGAUAGGCGCAGUGAUCGCUCGGGAUCAGGAUCAGGAUGAUAUAGAAAAGGUCAGAUAUAGCGUCGUCUCUGGAACAGAGUUUAAUGUCAAUACCGAGACAGGCGUUCUUACAGUCGCUAAGGAUCUAUCGACGGGUGCAAAGUCUGAAUACUCGAUGGAGAUUCGUGCGACGGACUCCACCAAGUCAAACGAUGCGCGCGUUCGCGUCAACGUGGAAUACAAGAACAUGUACCGCCCCGAGUUUACAAAAUGCGGUAAAGCCACUAUUCAGGAAAACCUUCUCAAAGGACAGCUCAUCGCCACCGUCACAGCAACAGACAGGGAUCAGGGACGGAAUGGAGAGGUCGAAUAUAAGAUUGUACCUGUGGGAGGUCAGGACUUCUUCACUAUAAAUAACAAAACUGGGGAAGUGAUAACAACGAGUAGCUUGGACCGGGAGACUAAGGCGACCUACACAGUCAUCAUAACAGCAGAGGAUGGUGGCCACGGCAAGGAUCCAGCAGAAAGGCUCAUGUCAUACUGUUUCCUCGAGGUAGAAGUUCAGGAUGUCAAUGAUAACUACCCAUCAUUCAUUACCAGGGCUUACUUGGGUAGUAUUCAGAACACAAAGCCUAUAGGGACAAGCGUGCUGACCGUAUCGGCGACUGACCCUGACGCCGGAGAUAACGCGAAAAUUACUUACGCCUUUAAGUCCCCUAAUGAUAAGUUUGAGAUUGACUCCACAAGUGGUGAUAUUAGGACCAAGGUCGCACUCACGGGGACAAAAGACGUGAACGAAAAAAUGACUGUUGUCGCGUCGAACACUGAGGCAAUUCAAGGAGGCGACGCAAAUAACCGCGACCGCGAAACGGAAGUCACGAUCUACAUAACGGACUUAGCACCUCCCGUGUGCGAUAAAAAUCUUUUCACUGCCAGGAUCUUAGAGUCGCUAAGUGUAAACUCUGAUGUCCUCAAGGUUUCCGCACAGGCGCCGGGUGGGAAGUCUAUUGUGUACAGUCCUGUGAAAGCUAACGCGGAUAUUGAUGAGAAAUUCAGUGUGGAAACUAAUGGGCAAAUCAAGACAGCUUCCCAGCUUGACUAUGAGCAGCUUUCCCCGGGAGAUAAAACUUUUAAGCUUCAGGUGCGCGCGCAGGAGGAAAAUACUAACUUGUACUCCACGUGCAGUGUUGCGAUAACCUUGGAGGAUGUGAAUGACGAUAAGCCUACAUUUGAUCUUGGAAAUUAUGACGCCAGAGUACGUGAGAACGCGCCAAUCGGAACCACUGUUAUUACCAUCAAGGCGACCGAUCGUGACACAGGCGACGCUGGAGUUGUCACGUAUUUCCUGAAAGCUGGCAGCGAUGAGCAUUUCGCGAUUGAUGUGAACUCUGGGACUUUAACCACGAAGAAGUCAUUUGACAGGGAAGGCCAGAGUUUAUUUAGCGUUAUUGUCAUAGCAAGGGACAAAGGUAACAACCCUGGCGCGCUGUCUGAGGAAGUCGCCGUGAAGGUACUAGUUGUGGACGAGAACGAUAGCCCACCGCAAUUUGAUCAGGCCGAGUUCCAGACAAGUGUGUCCGAAAGUGCAACCAUCGGGACAUCGAUACUUGAAGUGGUAGCUACUGACCAAGACAUCGGAGAUAAUGCCAAACUCGAGUAUUUCAUCUCGGGAGGCGACGGCAGGUUUUGGUUCGCGGUGCAGACUAUAAGCAAGUCUGGACGGACGUAUGGUGAGGUGCAGGUUGACGCAAGAUUGGAUUUUGAGACCAAGAGCAGUUACACUAUUGAUGUGACGGCUACUGAUGGACGGUUUAGUGCCACAACUCGCGUUCUUAUAACGAUCACUGACGCGAACGACAUUGUCCCUAUGUUCAUGACUCUAACCACGCCUACCCUCCUAUCCCCAAUAUAUACCGGACGCGUGUCCGAGAUGACUGGAUCGGGUGUCGAAGUACUCAAGGUGUAUGCAGUCGACACAGACAGCCCCAACAUCCAAUACACUCUAGAGGGCAGCUCCAGCUAUUUCACCAUCGCUGCACGCCAAGAAGGUGGCAAGUUUGUGGGCAUUAUAUCGACGGGUUCCCAGCCAUUAGACAGAGAGGCUACACCCAUAUUCUCUUUCAACGUGCUCGCUAAAGAUGGCGUUCACACGGGUUCUGCCUACAUUGAGAUCAACGUAACUGAUAUUAACGAUAACCAGCCACGAUUUCCAAAUUCAUUAUAUGUGGGAUACGUGGAGGAGAAUAAAGCAGCAGGUACAAGCGUCAUGUACGUGCAAGCCCAUGAUGACGAUGAUCCGUAUCUGGGAGGCAACGCCGAGAUUAGGUACACUUUGACGGAUAACGCAGGAGGGAAAUUCAAGAUCGACGCCAAUACUGCGCUUGUGACCACAGAGGAGAUACUAGACCGAGAGACGUCUCCCAAUUCGUUCACUAUCACGGUCCUGGCGACAGACCAAGGCGCAAACAAACUUAGCACGACAAAAGUCGCUACUAUUUACGUGACCGAUGCGAACGAUCAUGCCCCUGUUUUCACUAAAAGAAUCUUCAGGGGUACUGUGUCAGAGGAUGUAAGACCAGGGUACGUAGUGACUUCAGUUUCCGCGACUGAUACCGAUACUGGCCCUAAUGCCGAGUUAGAAUUCGUCGUAACACAUGGAAACGAACCCGCUGCUUUCUACGUGGACCCAAGCAAGGGUACAGUCCACGUAUCCGGCAUAUUGAACUACACACUAAGGAAGUCUUAUAACUUGACGGUGACAGUGUCUGAUCGUGGUAUGCCUGUUCUAAGUGACAACAGCCCUGCUUAUGUACUCAUAACAAUCACAGAUGCAAACGAUAACGCACCCAUAUUCAUUCCAAACCAGUAUAACAAGACUGUAGCGGAGGAUCUUGCAGUGGGAUCACCGGUUGUCGUGGUAACCGCUGUGGACUAUGAUAGUGGCGAUAACGCCAAGUUUGUCUUUGAUAUUACGGGAGGUAACCCCGAUGACCUGUUUGAAGUCGUCCCGAAUCCGGAUAAUUCUAGUUUGGGUAUCGUGCGCACCCGGUUACCGCUUGAUAGGGAGACCACACCCAUCCACCAUCUUGAGAUCACGGCAAAAGAUACUGGAGGUUUGACUGGAAAAGCCCACGUGUGGUUGACUUUACUUGAUGUCAAUGAUAACGGACCGUGGUUCCAACCCCCAUUCUUUGUUGGUAAAAUCAAGGAGAACGUUAAUGUUAAGCAGUUUGUUACGAAGGUGAGCGCCAAUGAUCCCGACACCAAAAACAACGGAGCUCCAUUCACUUACGCUAUAUAUAAUGGAACUGUCAGUGGGAACUUCGCAUUCGACAUUGCAACUAUAACUAAUGUUACCACAGACAUGAGCUCUUCUGGAACGUUUGAUCGUGAGACCAUGACCACGUGGACGAUUGGCAUCGCUGGGACGGAUAGCGGGAGGCCUGCUAAGUCGAACUUCACCUACGUCUAUGUGGAUGUACAAGACGACAACGAUAACGAACCUUACGAUGGCAGAAUGACAAUCAUUGUCAAUUCGUACAAUGGCAAGUUCCGUGGUGGACCAAUCGCUAAGACGUACUACAGAGAUGCGGAUUACGAUGGUGAUGUCAACACGUAUACGCUUCAAUCUCAGACAGGCGGGAAUUUUUUCACCGUUGACACAACGACUGGUGAGAUAUCAGCCGCUAAGGAUAUUCCCGUAGGUGAAUACAGCCUGGUCAUCAGCGUCACUGAAGUCAACACAGGAAAUCCACCGAGAGCCAACGAAGUGAACUUCCCCAAGACCGUGACAUCCAGAGCCACCGUAAUUGUGCGUGACAUUACGUCCAAGGCAGUUUCCAAUAGUGUUGCUUUGCAGAUUUCAGACAUGCGCAAAGUGGAGUACUUCGUCGGCGAUUAUCAUGACGUUGUAGUCGGGGAGCUGUCACGGAUGUUCGGGGUUUCGUCGUCGGGUAUCGAAGUGUUUAGCGUUCAGCCCUCGCCCAUUAAAGUCAUGGCGUUGGAUGUCCAGUUUGCUGUCAAGACCGGAAGUGACGAAUACACCAAGCCUUAUGACGUCAUCAGGGUGGUGACGGAUAACAGGGAACGCUUGACUAAUCUUGGUCUUAAGGUCACUUCCAUUGGUAUCGACAUGUGCGCGUUGGAACGGGAACGAGUCGGCAAGUGCAUUAACGUCGUGGAGACCUCAUCCGCGUACAAAAUAGCCAGCGGCGAUUACGGCAAAGUCCCAGCUCCCGCCAGCUCCAUAACCCUGGUCUCCAUGGAUGUUGUACUUCGAGACAAAUACGUAACAAUAAUUGAACCCGGCAAGAACUGCUCCAAUGAGAACCCUUGCCUUAAUGGCGGUACCUGUCAUGACACUGUCCCUGCGGGCUGGAGGGUGUGUCAGUGCCCUCGUGGUUAUCGUGGUCCACACUGCGAGCAGACGACGAGAACCUUUAGGGGGACAUCGUACAUAUGGCUUCCCAAGUUGACCGCCUAUGAUAUUCGAGAAUUGUCUUUCGAGUUUACCACUGAGUUCAAGGAUGGUCUGAUGCUGUACCAAGGUCCUCUCAAACCAGGAGACAAUAACGGUGCCAAGGACUUCUUGGCAGUAUUCCUGGAUGAAGGUCACCUUGUUGUGCGCGUCUCCUUGGGUUAUGAACCGAUAACCAUCAACAUGACCAGACGUCCCAACCUGAAUGACAAGGAGUGGCAUACCGUUCAGAUCAUACGUGACGUCAUUGAUAGGAAGAUGAUUCGGGUGAUAAUCGAUCGAUGCCAGAGUGCGCAGAUCGUAGAAGAGAAUGGGCGUGUGUUUGAGAAGAGGGACACCUGUGAGAUCACGGGGCGCGUCAAGGGAAGAUCUGUAUAUCUAAACGGUUUCGGUCCCCUUCAAAUCGGAGGCGUUGAGACGGAUCUCACAUUCAUCGGUAUCACUACCACUGGAUUUAGAGGCUGCAUUCGCAAUAUCAUCGAUACCGAGAAGAUGUACGACUUGCGUAAUCCAAUCAAAGUCGUCAACGCGCCCGAGGGAUGCACCCUGGCGGGAACAUGCCCCAACAACUGCAACGACAAGGGGUAUUGCGAGCCUAGCCUUAUGGCAGGCAAGAGCAUGUGUGUGUGCGACCUCGGAUAUACUGGAAGAGCUUGCAACGACAGGUCGGAAGCUAAUUAUUACCUGGAGAACAGCUUCUCCCAGUUCUUGCUGACCGGUAUCCGUGCCAGACGAGAGCUCAUCCAGCCCCCUGUUCCACUCAUGAAUGAGUAUUAUACCCACAUCAACCUGCAGGUCAAGCUGGACCCUGGCACCAAGGAUUGCGUGCUCUUCCUUUCGUCUAACUCACUUGGCACAGAGUUUAACAGACUGGACGUGAAAGACCACAUGUUACGCUACAUCUUCCGUCUCGGGGACCGGAUGAAGGUACUGAGUAUCCCACAGUAUAAUAUUUCUGACGGCAAGUACCACUCGGUGAUGGUGAACCGUGAGGGCAACUACGCCGAGAUGCAGAUCGACUACCGUGCCAAGAUGGCGGGCACUACAGGAGGCGUCCAAAAGCUGUUGAACAUGGGUGGUGGGAGCAUAUUUACUGGAGGUUUGCCAAACAUCACCGAAGUUCGAGUAGUAGAGGCCAUCGUACAGAGUGGCGGAGACGUUAUUCUUAGAACUGAGGACGGAAAGGUGUUGACCAGCGGCAUUGGAGUAGGCGGCGGCAUGUCCUUCGGCGCAGGGAGCUCCGUAACCUUGAUAACCAUCGGUAGUGGUGUCUUGACCCAGCGAAACAUCUUGGACUCGCAGAGUCUCUUCGUCCGAGGAAUUUACAAGAACGGGACGGUUUUGUAUGGCUCAUCCUCAAGUAGUACGUUCGGCAUGAACGUUGACGACCAAGGAAUUCCAUUUAAGAGCAGCGACACGAGCUCUAACGGCAACGGGGGAGUCCAAAUAAGCCAAGGGAAUCCAAUGACUUACGGAGCAGGGAUUCAGUGGACGCUAUCCAACCCAGGAAGGACGCAAGUGGGAGCUGGCAAUUCUGGUGGCGCAGUCGAGGUCAUUGGAGACAUGGAAGGAUGCACUGCAACAAACCGCUUUCAAGGUGUUAGUCUGGAAGACUCACCCGAUGUCGAGGUUCGGCGCCAGAAUGUUCGCAAAGGUUGUCCGUGUGCUGAGGGGUUCUGUGAGAAUGGCGGAACAUGUGUGGACGGCACGCCUCCUUACUGCUUGUGCUCGCCUGGAUGGACCGGUCCCACAUGUGUACUGAUUGUGACGGCGCCGAAUCCAGGUCAGCGCCCAGGAAGUCGUGUGGUAUCUCCGUUUGUCAUCGCCUGUGUUGCCGUGGUCUUACUUGCCGUCAUGGUAAUCAUGGGGGCAGUCCUCCUCAAGAAACGCACGCCGCCCCCUGUCAUCCCCGUCAUGGUUGAAGAUGGUCAUGUGCAUGAUAAUAUUCGGCCGUACCACGACGAGGGAGCGGGCGAGGAGGACAACUUCGGCUAUGAUAUUACACAGUUGAUGAAAUACACGUACGUGGAGGGCGGUGGAUACGGUGGCGGUGGUGGUGGAUACGGUGGCGGUGGUGGUGGAUACGGAGACGGGACGGGCGGAGCUGCAUUCGGCUCGGCUUACGCGGCAGAUGGCGGCGGUAAGGGGGGACUAGGGUCGGGCGUUGAGGAAGUCAUGGUCGCUGAGGAAAAGCCCCUGCUGCAAGGCGCCAUGGAGGGUUACGGUCAGCAGCACGGCAUCACUACCAUUACGCGCAGGCGCAUGAUGAACGCUGAUAGCGUGGACGUGGGCAACUUUAUCAACUCGCGCGUGGGAGAGGCGGACCGCGAGUAUAUACUAUCAUAUGAUGCCUUGCAUAUAUAUAGAUACGAAGGCGAUGACUCGGAUAUCGAUGAUCUCAGCGAGCUUGGGAGUGAUGACGAAGGCGGUGAUGACGCGGAACAAAGUUUUGACUUCCUCCAGGACUGGGGAAGAAAAUUCGAGAACCUGAACAAGAUCUACAACCUUGACGACUAAAACAAAAGUGGUGAGGAUGAGAGCACAGAAGGUGAUGAGGAGGUGGGUGAAGCAAGCAAGACAACCCCGGACACGUCUGAAGCCCCUAUGGAGGCACCUCCCGCGGUCCCCGUAGAGGCUGCAGCAGGACCGCGCCCAAGAAGGAGCGGACCCCAACAGGACAACUUUGGCGGCUUCGCGCAAAGGGUUCCUCGACAUCAAGAGAUUCUAAGCUGCUGCUGCCGCUGCUGCGUGAAACGUGCUAGAAGAUCUUUAUAAACCGGAACAGAAAUGGAUAACGACACAUACGGACAUGGAAAAUAAUAUACAUAUCGAGAAAAUUUAGCCAAAAAUUGUCGUUUUUCCCAGACGCGGUCACUUCCAUAUAAGGAAACUAAUAUAUUCCUUAUUUGGAAAACCUGCUCGAUUCUUGUCAUUUUUAGGGCUUCCGUACCGCAGUGCUUCGCAAACUUUGUGAAUUGUAUUCAGAAGAGAAAAACAGUGACUGUGACCAUUUUUAGUUAUAGAGAAAGCCUCUGAAAAUAAAAUAAAAUUCCUUGGUACCAGACCCCUAAAACGACAACGGUUUCUUCAUAUGGAUGAAAAAGAAGGUUGAAAAUAGACCAGAUCGAGAACGGACAUCGAUAACGGAUUAAAAAAAGGAAACAAAGAAAAAUACAAACACACAAAAGUAAAUAAAAAAAGUAAUCUUCAAGCUCGAUGGGUUAGGCAGAGUGUUCCUCAAAGGCAAAAGACAAAGAGCAACAGAAACAAAGAAAAAAUACAAACACACACAAGUAAAUAAAAAAAAGUAAUCUUCAAGCUCGAUGGGUCAGGCAGAGAGUUCCUCAAAGGCAAAAGACAAAGAGCAACAGGGUCAGGCUUGCAGAAGUGCUCAGCAAACCGACAAGUUUAUUGACCAGAACGGAAAACGAUCACGAGUAAUGGAUUUAAUUCAGGCUAGUUAGGUAGCACGUUGUCACGGACUUGCGUUCUUGCACUGUGAUGAGGGGUAGGGGCGGGAAGGUGUUUCGCGUAACCGGGUGUUUACACGCGGGCCCCAAGAUUCAAAGAGCUGGUGGGAAUGUGGAAUGUCAUUUAUCAUCAGCCACGGCACACCAUUAGCCGAAGCGCUUUAAAGCCGCAUUAUCACCAGUUUACUUCCGGAGGUCCGACAGAAACCUCAACCGUUAAAGGGGCAGUAUGACGAGGUUCUUAAAAUACGUCCUCUAGCGCGGAAAUGUAAAGAUCAAGCGUUAAACUAUCAGGUUCCAAACGCUCCAAGUGAAAUAUCGAGUGGAAGUAUGUUUUGUUUAAACCUGAAAUACAGCAAUUUUUGGCCGCCAUUAUUCAGUUGGAAUCGAACGAUCGAACGCUGUGAUGUCACUUGUUCCCAAAAUCAAGCUAUGGGAUGGAAUGCCUCGCUCUGAGUCGCAAAAAAAUCACAGCACGCACAGAGAGUGGGAUGAGGAUUUAGCCAGAGAAUUCAGCGCAUUACGAUUUACUCAAUGAAAGUACCUCCAAGUUGGAUAGGCUAGAAGUCUGUCGUGCUGAAAAGUUGAAAAAGCAAGCUAAAAAGUGUAAGGAGAAAGCCCUGAAACAGAAAGACUAAAGCCAAGUAACAACCGUCUUGAUUUUGUGAAUUACCCAGAACCAACUGCAUGAUGGAGAGUUAAGAAUACGAUCUUACGAGCUCAGAAGAACGAUGGGAACCCAUAUAAUGUAUAUCUCAGUUGUGUGACACCAUAUGAAGAAAAGUGCAAUGUCCGGUAAGAAAAUAAUAAAAACUUUAGAGGAAAAA